AUGCACAACUAUUUUAUGUCGGUAACUGAACGUGAAGUUAUCAACGGAAUUCUUAACGUUAAGAACACAAAAAAUCAUUGUCUCGCUUACGUUCGGUACAUCAACAAUAUAAACCUUCAGAACCUAAAGAAAGCCGGCAACUUCGUGGACAUUCUUAACAGGAGCUUAGAUGCAGAAGCUUCCAAACUAUUGGCUGAUCUAAGAGAUGUGAGGCUACCAGAGAAAAUUGAAACAACAAACAUACAGAAGUAUACUGUUGAAUGGAUUGGUCGCGUUGGACUUGACACGGAAACUCAUGGAGAAUAUCUCAACCACUUUAUAUCACACUUCUACAAAAAUAUUAUCAAGCUAGUUGACAGAGCAAUGCGUAAGGAUGACAGUAGUGCUCAAGGCCAAAUUGUUACGGAGAUCCUACAACAUUUACAUGCGUGCAAUAACUCUGUUAAAGUAUUCCACGGCAGAGAAGAUGAUCUUAUAUUUAUUGCGAAUUACAUGAAGAACGACUCCGACAAACCCCUUGUUCUGUAUGGAGAAG